CAUCAGCAAGUCCAACAUCAGCGGCAGGUCCGGCACCAGUAGGUCCAGCACCAGCAGAACCUAAAUCAGCAGGUCCAGCACCAGCAGAACCAACAUCAGUAGGUCCAGUACCAGCAGAACCAACAUCAGCAGGUUCAGCACCAGCAGAACCUAAAUCAGCAGGUCCAGCACCAGCAGAACCAACAUCAGUAGGUCCAGCACCAGCAGAACCUAAAUCAGCAGGUCCAGCACCAGCAGAACCAACAUCAGUAGGUCCAGCACCAGCAGAACCAACAUCAGCAGGUCCAGCACCAGCAGAACCAACAUCAGUAGGUCCAGUACCAGCAGAACCAACAUCAGUAGGUCCAGCACCAGCAGAACCUAAAUCAGCAGGUCCAGCACCAGCAGAACCAACAUCAGCAGGUCCAGUACCAGCAGAACCAACAUCAGCAGGUCCAGUACCAGCAGAACCUACAUCAGCAGGUCCAGCACCAGCAGGACCUACAUCAGCAGGUCCAGCACCAGCAGGACCAACAUCAGCAGCAGGAAACAUGGCACCUGAACCCGACCUCAACACCUCCACCUGGCUCCGCCCCUGCAUUAACGCCUCCUGUCUGCCUCCGGUCACGGCGGUGUGUCCGUACAGCGCGGCUCAGCUGACCCUCAUCGGCGUUUUAACCGCCUCCCUCAGCGUGGUCACCGUCCUCGGCAACACGCUGGUGAUCCUGUCCAUCAAAGUGAACCGCCGCCUGCGGACCGUCAACAACUACUUCCUGUUGAGCCUGGCGGUAGCCGACCUGAUCAUCGGCCUGCUCUCCAUGAACCUGUACACGCUGUACCUGCUGCUGGGCCGCUGGUCCCUGGGGGCCGCCGUCUGCGACCUGUGGCUCGUGGUGGACCACGUGGUGAGCAGCGCCUCCGUCAUGAACCUGCUGAUCAUCAGUUUGGAUCGGUACCUCUGCAUGACACGGCCGCUCAGCUACCCGGCUCGGCGGACGGGCAGGAUGGCCGGUCUGAUGAUCAGCGCCGCCUGGCUGCUGUCCUUCGUCUUAUGGGCCCCCGCCAUCCUCUGCUGGCAGACCGCCGGGGGCCAACGUGUGGUCCCUGAUGGACAGUGUUACACCCAGCUCCUCGCCAGCCCAGCGGUCACUCUGGGGACGACGCUUCCUUCCUUUUACCUGCCGGCGCUCGUCAUGAUCGGCCUGUACAGCCGGCUGUCUGACGCCAGCCGCCGCCGACUUAGCGCGCUCGGAUCAGAGCGAGGCGCGCUCAGGACAUGCAGCCCGUCCAUAAAAGACUUCCUUUUGAACAGGCGGAGACACGUGACCAGUUACCCAGCCUCUGAUCUGUCUCUGAACCAAUCAGAGUCCAGCACUCCAAAGUCCAGAAGGAGCCAGAAAGUGUGCAGAAGUCCUGGUGACACCUCAGCCGGGGUCAGUCAGUGUCCUCAGCGGGGUCCCCCUCAGACCGCUGCCCGCCACGGAAACAUGGCACCUGAACCCGACCUCAACACCUCCACCUGGCUCCGCCCCUGCAUUAACGCCUCCUGUCUGCCUCCGGUCACGGCGGUGUGUCCGUACAGCGCGGCUCAGCUGACCCUCAUCGGCGUUUUAACCGCCUCCCUCAGCGUGGUCACCGUCCUCGGCAACACGCUGGUGAUCCUGUCCAUCAAAGUGAACCGCCGCCUGCGGACCGUCAACAACUACUUCCUGUUGAGCCUGGCGGUAGCCGACCUGAUCAUCGGCCUGCUCUCCAUGAACCUGUACACGCUGUACCUGCUGCUGGGCCGCUGGUCCCUGGGGGCCGCCGUCUGCGACCUGUGGCUCGUGGUGGACCACGUGGUGAGCAGCGCCUCCGUCAUGAACCUGCUGAUCAUCAGUUUGGAUCGGUACCUCUGCAUGACACGGCCGCUCAGCUACCCGGCUCGGCGGACGGGCAGGAUGGCCGGUCUGAUGAUCAGCGCCGCCUGGCUGCUGUCCUUCGUCUUAUGGGCCCCCGCCAUCCUCUGCUGGCAGACCGCCGGGGGCCAACGUGUGGUCCCUGAUGGACAGUGUUACACCCAGCUCCUCGCCAGCCCAGCGGUCACUCUGGGGACGACGCUUCCUUCCUUUUACCUGCCGGCGCUCGUCAUGAUCGGCCUGUACAGCCGGCUGUCUGACGCCAGCCGCCGCCGACUUAGCGCGCUCGGAUCAGAGCGAGGCGCGCUCAGGACAUGCAGCCCGUCCAUAAAAGACUUCCUUUUGAACAGGCGGAGACACGUGACCAGUUACCCAGCCUCUGAUCUGUCUCUGAACCAAUCAGAGUCCAGCACUCCAAAGUCCAGAAGGAGCCAGAAAGUGUGCAGAAGUCCUGGUGACACCUCAGCCGGGGUCAGUCAGUGUCCUCAGCGGGGUCCCCCUCAGACCGCUGCCCGCCACGCCACGGACAAAGACUACAACAAGAUCGAAAACGACUCCUCGUCCAACACCGACCUCCACAAGACGGCCUCAGCGGUGUUCUCUGCCUGUCCCAGCUUCAAGUCUCAGGAGAGGCGGAAGCGUCGAGUGAUGGCGAGGGAGAGGAGGGUUACCAAGACCAUCCUGGCCAUCCUGCUGACCUUCAUCCUCACGUGGACGCCGUACAACAUCAUGGCCGUCAUCGCCGCCUUCUGUCACGUCUGCAUCCCCGAAGUCCUGUGGACCAUCGGAUACUGGCUCUGUUACAUCAACAGCGCCAUCAACCCCGGCUGCUACGCUCUGUGUAACGCCACCUUCAGAAAGACCUUCUGCGGCCUGCUGCGCUGCCGCUGACACGGGUUUGGACACCUUGACGGUGGCUUGACAGUCGGCGUUGAACAGCGCCCGCUUCAGCGUUCCUGAUCGGCUCUUGGUGUUGGUGUUGGCGUCGCAGGAUCCCCACUGGCCGAACUUGUACUUGCAGUCACCUGAAGGAAGGACACGCAGGUUAAACCUGUAACACACUGAAGCGUCUCACUGUUUGUUCUGUCAGGUGCAGAUGUUUCAAUUCAUGUCAGCAGACGAGCGCUUCACAUUUACCAUCAGUGUUUCAUGUCAGAGUAAUUCACUUAAUAAAUUAACUUUCAAAUGAA